AUGGAGGAGAGUACCGCGACACUGUCUGCCCCUGCGCCCUCACAGCCGCACACUCGAAGUUCAAGUCGUGCUCCUAGUGCGCCGAGAAGAGAAGAGACGAGCGACUCAGAGAAGGCUGGAAGGGUUUGGGCGCGUGGAGUCGACGACCCAUGGCAUCCCUGCAUCUUGACACUGGACGGUGGAGGGAUCCGUGGUUACAGCAGCUUGAUGAUUUUGAAAGCGUUGAUGCACGAAGUAUGGAUCUGGGAACAGUACUACGACAGGGAAACAGUGACUGUGCGAACGGAUAGUCCGACAGAACUGCACAGCUCCUUUGAGCAAGAUGAAGAACAGGCAGAAGCUGGCGCCCUUCGUGGAAGAUCAGGACACCAUCGGACACUUGGCAACGAUCCUGACCAGGGACAUGAACAGCACGGCAUAGAGACAGAGCUUGGCCAGAUAGCGACAGCACCAGCAGCAGCCAGAGAAACGCUUCUGCAAGAUGCCUUGACAGCAGACCUGUCCACCAGAAAAGCGGCAUCAGAGGCAGAGCUAUUGCCUUGCCACUACUUCGACUUCAUGUACGGCACAUCGACUGGCGGCCUAAUAGCCACAAUCCUCGGACGUCUACGAAUGACAGUAACAGAAGGCUUAGAACUCUAUCGAAAAGUCGGCGACGAUCUAUUCGGAAAGCGACGAAGCAAGAUUCCCCUGAUGACAAAAUACUACCACGAACCCUUCGAAAAAGCAGUCCGCGACAUCGUCAGCAGUCGAUGUCAUGAACACCCCAACUGCGAUGGCAACGACCUCCACCCCUGGGACAGCUCCAACCCCAUCCAAGAACCCUUCGACGUCGACAAGCCUAGGGUGUGCCAGCAAUGUUGCCUGAGUGCGACGCACGACGAGAACAUCUCUGAAGCAUACCUCCUCCGCUCCUACGCACACUACUACUCCGAAGACGCCCCCAACUGGAUAACCCGCUACAACGAAGGCGCCGACCCGAUCCCCAUCUGGACCGUAACGCGCGCAACAACCGCCGCACCCUUCUACUUCGAAAUGGUCGAAGCCAUCGUCGCCGACCAACAAAAAUCUUUUAAAGACGGCGGCAUCCGCGAGAACAAUCCCUCCGGCGCCGCGCUGUCCGAAUUCCACUCCCUCUACGAAGGAAAAGCUGCAGAUCCCGCUCUAAUGCUCAGCGUCGGGACCGGCCGCCCAAAUACCAAGAACGAUGGUUUCCGUAGUAGUGCACCCUGGAGUAUCCCCUUCGUCAACAAGUUCCUCGAGAAGCGCGCCGUUAUCCAGAACCUCCUGAUCAAAUACACCGAAGGCGAAAAGCAGCAUAAGAACAUGCGAGAGUACGCGCACGGCGAACACACCUGGUAUAAACGGCUCAACGUCUCGAAGGGGUUUGAAGAUAUGCCACUGGACGAAUGGCAGCGCGGAAUCUGGACAGAUCCCAACACAGGGGAGGAACGGACGGUUGCUGGCGGAGCGAGUCUGACGAAGAUGGAGGAGGCGACGGAGGAGUACCUCAAUCGUCCUUUCGACCCGGAGAUCGAUUCCUAUGCGCCCCCUAUGACGAUGCUGAAGCAAGCGGCGCAGAAGCUGGUGUUGCAGAGGCGGGCAAGGGAGGAGUUGGGUGGGGAGCGUUGGGAUGUUUUUGUGGGAAAGAACUUGCACGGCAGGAAGGUUAACGCUGAGGUCGAUGCUGAUGGGAGGAAUGGACAUGUUGGGUGA